AUGAGCUCCACCGACAGACCCCCUUUUCCUCCUUUCACCGCCGAGACUGCCCAGAAGAAGGUGAAAGCCGCGCAGGACUUGUGGAAUACCAGAGAUCCCUCCCGUGUGAAGCUUGGAUAUACCCCUGACUCCAUAUGGCGCAACAGGGACACGUUUCUGCAAGGCCAUGACAAGAUCGUCGAGUUUCUGAGCAAGAAAUGGGAAAAGGAGAACGGAUAUCAUCUCCGCAAAGAAUUGUUCUCUUUCACUGACAACAAGAUCGCUGUCCAAUUCUGGUACGAGUGGCAUGACGAGAGCGGUCAGUGGUACAGAUGUUAUGGUCUCGAGGAUUGGACCUUUGCGGAGGACGGCAGGAUGAAGAAGCGUCAGAUGAGUGGAAACGACGUGAAGAUCUCCGACGAGGAGAGGUGGUACAAGGAUGGAGUGGACGUCAACACAGUCGAUAUCAGUGAGAAGCAUUGGUAG